AUGGGAGGUGUGCCUUCAACGCCUAGAAACACCGGUAGUGAUGAAAUUUCGGUGGCGGAGUAUCUCAUUGCCACUUUUGUCGGGGAGAAAUCGUUUCCGUUGGCCUCUGAUUUCUGGAACAAGCUACUUGAGCUUCCGUUGAGCUCUCGGUGGCCGAGUGAACGUGUUCACCAAGCCUGUGAACUUUUCGCACAAAGCAAUGGCUACACUAGGCACCUUGCUAAACUAUUGAUUCAUCUAUCGUGGUGUUUGCAAGAGCUUCUCCAAGCUUCGGAUGCGCAGUCUUCUAUCUACAAGAAAGCUGUUAAUGCAACAUAUAUUUCAUCCGUCUUUUUGAAGCAUUUGAUUGAGAAUGGCAAAAGUGACAGCCUCGAGGAGUUGCAUCUAUCUCUGGACGAAAGUGAGCCAGUUCCACAUGGCUUUGUAAUGGAUCAAGACAUCCAGAAUUUUGUCAUGCAUAGUGUGCUGAGCUUCAUUGGAUCAACUAAAGUGAGUCCCAACUCGUAUGUUCUACAUCAGGAACUUCUGAACUUCAUGCUUGUUACAAUGUCGACACAGCUUCGCUCCGUACCAUCAUCUGGACCAAGAUAUGCAAACCCUUUUAUUGAUGCAGCAAUGGCGCAGGAAAAAUCUCUAGUUUGUCUGGCGGUCAGAAGAUUGCUACUUAAUUAUAUAUCCCGACAUGGUACUCCUCCAAAUGCAAAGCCAUAUUUGUAUUCUGAUGGAGAUUCAGCAGGAAUUUUGGAAAGAGUUGGUUCUGCAGCUGCGACAUUUGUGCUCUUGCCUUUGAACUAUCUUGUAAAAAGCAGUGGUGACGGAUCUAAAAGUCCACUAGCUGAGUGCAGUCUUCAUGUUUUGCUUAUCCUCACUAACUACCACAAGGCUGUUAUGAGUGAUGAGUCUAUGACGGAUAAAAGUGAUGACAGUGCUACUUCAGAAUCUAAAGUGCAUGUAUUUUCCUCUGGCAAUACUUUUAGUAAGGCUCUAGGAAAUGCAAGAGAUGUCGAAUUUGACCGCUCAGAUGUGGAGGGAAAUGCCUACCCUGGUCCAGAUGUCCGGAUACCAUUUGCUUCGUUAUUUGAUACUCUUGGCAUGAAUUUGGCUGAUGAGGGUGCUGUCUUGCUCCUCUACUCACUGUUGCAAGGGAACUCCGACUUUAAGGAGUAUGUUUUGGUGCGAACUGAUUUGGAUACUAUGUUGAUGCCCAUUCUGGAAACGUUGUAUAACGCUUCAAGGAGAACAUCAUCCAAUCAAAUAUACAUGAUGCUAAUUGUACUUCUCAUACUGAGUCAGGAUUCAUCUUUCAAUUCAAGCGUUCACAAGAUGAUACUGCCUAACGUUCCAUGGUACAAAGAGCAUCUCCUUCAUCAGACGUCUCUUGGUUCGUUGAUGGUCAUUAUUCUCAUAAGAACAGUGCAGCAUAACCUAUCUAAACUUCGGGAUGUGUAUCUGCAGACUACGUGCCUUGCAACCUUGGCUAACAUGGCACCUCAUGCCCAUCAUUUAAGUGCAUAUGCCUCACAGAGGCUUGUCAGCCUUUUCUACAUGCUUUCUCGAAAGUAUAACAAGUUAUCAGACUUGACAGGUGAGAAGCUGCAAAGUAUCAAAAUAAGCAUGUCAGAAGAGGAUAAUGGCGUUUCAGAAGAUCUGGCAGCAGAGCUUCAGAUCUUUACUGAUUUCCUCAGACUAGUCCUAGAUAUAUUAAAUGCAAUUUUGACAUACGCAUUGCCAAGAAAUCCCGAGAUUGUCUAUGCUGUUAUGCAUCGGCAAGAAGUGUUCCAACCUUUCAAGAACCAUCCGCGUUUCCACGAGUUAGUCGAGAAUAUAUACACAGUGUUAGACUUUUUCAAUAGCCGAAUGGACUCAGAAAGAUCGGAUCGAGAAUGGUCAGUGCAGAAAGUUCUUCAAUUCAUCAUCAACAAUUGCCGGUCUUGGCGAGGGGAAGGCAUGAAGAUGUUUACUCAACUUCACUUCUCAUAUGAACAAGAGAGCCACCCAGAAGAGUUCUUUAUUCCAUACGUUUGGCAACUUGCUUUUUCCCGAAGCGGGUUCAGUUUUAAUCCCGACGCCAUCAACUUAUUCCCAGCGCCACACCAAGUUGAAAAACAGACAGAAGACGGAAGAGGAGAAGAAGUGGAUGUGAAAGAGAAGGUGCAAGAGUUGAGCGAGCAGAGAAUCGUCUUCGAUCCUUAG